GUUAAGGAGUGUGAACUGUUUUGUGCUAUGAAUAGAAAUCGUGUAUGAAAAAAAAGAUUUUUGUAUAAGUAAAACGGAACUGAUUCAUCAUUGUAUUUAAAAUUUGGUUUCCCAAGAAUGAAUUAUAAAAAGAAGCCUUGCUAUCGCCUGUGAAAUACAUUAUUUGCCAAAACAGUAGAAAUAAACAGAAAACAUAACCUCAACCAUUGCAAAUAUUUCUUGACCGAAUCAUGUUUAUUUCGUUGUCGACCCGGAGUAUACUCAAUAAUAUAUCAAUAAGAUCAAUGCACAAAGCCACACGUACUUGUAGUACCCUUUCAAAGAAGCCAGCUCUCGAUUUCAACGAUAUCAAACAUCCGACAAAAGUGCCAUUGAAACCAGUCAUCUCCGCGGAUGCAAUCAAACCAGAGAAAUUGAAAAUCGACAAAGACACCAUUGAACUGCUGAUGCGAUUGUCUCUGGUCAACUUGAGUGACGAAGAAGCAUUGCGAAAUCUGCAAGACUCGAUCGAAUUUGCGAGUAAAAUAUUGCACAUUGACACCACUGGCUUGGAGCCGAUGUACUCUGUGCAUGAAGAUCAGUACAUUGAAUUGCGUGACGACGUUGUAACCGAAGGCAAUAUUCGUGAAGACCUAUUGAAAAACGCGCCCGUCAACGACGACGUUUGCUUCGUUGCGCCACCAGGAAAUAUUGCAGUGGAAUUAGAAGAACAAGAGUUCAAAACCACUUCACAAUAG